AUGCCAAAGAAUGCACUGGUGACUCUCAGAUAUGGGGCCUACAGAAGCUGCAGCGUCGUUGAACACAGGACCUUCCGUCUGCAGGGCUUACAAGGUUUGUGACGUAGCCUGCCAGACAUGUCCCAUGCUGAAGGAAAAUGGGGUGGGAAUGAUGAUGAUGAUAAUAACAAUAAUAACAAUAAUAAUACUUUAUUAUUUAUACCCCACCCAUCUGGCUGGAUUUCUCCAGCCACCCUAGGCGGCUCCCAACAGAAUAUUAGAAGCACAAUAAAACAUCAGACCUUAAAAACUACCCUAAACAGGACUGCCUUCAGGUGUCUUCUAAAAGUCUGGUAGUUGUUUAUUUCCUUGACAUCUGAUGGGAGGGCGUUCCACAGGGAGGGCACCACUACCGAGAAGGCCCUCUGCCUGGUUCCCUGUAGCUUCACUUCUUGAAGACUUCAUAUCCCUUUACAAGCAUUGUCACAAACACUUAUUUCAAAACUGGGUUUAGGCCCAGGUUCAGCACUGAAGUAGCCUUCAUCACCCUGUUGACCUCUUGUGGGAGAAAGCAUAGCCUCCGACAUUUCUCUGAUUAAAAUAGGGGUGUCCUAUUCAAAAACAACAAUUUUACUAUCCAUACCCCACCUAUCUGACUGGGUUGGUUAUAUUUAUAUCCAACAAAUAUAAAAACAUAAGGGGGGAAAAAUAAACAUUAAAAAAAAUUCCCUAUACAGGGCUGCUGCCUUCAGAUGUCUCUAGGGCUGGAUAAUGCCAUACCCUCCAAUAUUUCUACAAUGAAAAUAGGGACACCCUAAGGAAAAGCAGGACAUUCCAGAGUCAAAUCAGAAACUGGAGCUGCUUCUGUGCAUCCAGGACUGUCCCUGGAAAACAGGGGCACUUGGAGGGUCUGAGAAAGAUGAAUUCAGCCCUAUUGAUUCCUACUGAUGUUUCACUAAAGCAGUGGAUCCUACCAACCAUGGUAUCUCACUGGUUUUAUAGAUUGAGAGUAGGAGUAGGAAGAGUGAUAAGCUGGUUCUGCUUCUGCUUACAGGGCCGCUUUUAGAAGAUAGCACUGGAGGUGAGAUUGCUUGAUUCCAUGGCAGUUGUGCUGUGGAGUCCUGUAAGGUUCUAUCUUAUCUCCCAUGCUUCUAAACACCUAUAUGAAUCCUCUGGUUAAGGUCAUCGGGGAAUGUGGAGUGAGAUGCCAUCAAUAUUCUGGUGACAUAUAAUAAUGGGUUUCCCCAGCCACUCUGGGUGACUUUCAACAGAACAUUAAAAACAGAAUGAAACUUCAAACAAUAAAAACUUCCCUAAACAGGGCUUCCUUCAGAUGUCUUCUAAAAGUUGGAUAGUUGUUCAUUUCCUUGACAUCUGAUGGGAGGACGUUCCACAGGGUGGGUGCCACUACUGAGCAGGCCCUCUGCCUGGUUCCCUGUAACCUUACAGGACUCCACAGCACAACUGCCAUGGAAUCAAGCAAUCUCACCUCCAGUGCUAUCUUCUAAAAGCGCUAUCUUCUCCAUUUCUUAUCCGAAUCUGGUUGUCAAUAGCAUUGUAUUUUAGCAACAUUACCUACCUACCGCCUUUCUGUAGCUGUGCUGAAAGCCGAUGGACACCAGGUAAUCCUGGAAGAAAUACCGGAUUGGAAUGAAGUGCAGCUCAUAGUAAAUGGAGAGACUGUGUUUCAGUGCAACAUUAAUGAUCUGGAUUUUGGUGGGUACAAUAUAAACUUGUUUUCUGUUUUGCUUUUAAAAAACAUUUCUAAGAAAUGUAAAAAAAUGAUAGAAGAAAUACAGAUGGCUCCUUCCAUUCUUUAGUAGGGCUCAUAGAUUUUGAUUCUAACUAUGGGAGCUCCUUGCCAAAACCCCCUAGCCCCCAACCCCACUGCCAAUGCCUUCUCCCACAACUAGGCAACCCCUCGUCCCUUGACACCUCACCUACCCUGUUGCCUCUCGCCUCACAACUUGCCCAAACCCUUCCCCAAGCUUGCCCCCAAACAGCUAGGUAUAUGGGAGACAUGCUUGUGAAUUAAAAGAAAAUGGUAUUCGGGGGGGGGGGGCAGAUAAGAUCCUGCAGACUACUGGUGGAAAUUGAGCCUGCAGAGAGGAAACUAUUAUUCAGGCUGGCUUUGCGAGUUAUUGUUCAGAGUUUGUUUGAGAUGGGUCAGCUGAAAACAGCACACACACAAAAGAAAAAUGAAGGGCAGGAGAUGAAAUGGACCUGGAUGUUUGUGUACACUUGUGUGAGAGCCCUGCCUGCCUCCAGAGCAACACAUCCUCAGCCUCCCACAAAUAUUAGAUACAACAAACAAAUACAGUAUACAGUGCCCAGGUUUGGGCUAGUGGAAGAAGAAGAAGAAGAAGAAGAAGAAGAAGAAGAAGAAGAAGAAGAAGAAGAAGAAGAAUUCAUUAUUUGUACCCCGCCCAUCUGGCUGGGUUUCCCAGCCACUCUGGGCAGCUCCCAACAGAAUAUUAGAAGCACAAUAAAACAUCAAACAUUAAAAACUUCCUUAAACAGGGCUGUCUUCAGAUGUCUUCUAAAAGUCAGAGAGUUGUUUAUUUCCUUGACAUCUGAUGGGAGGGCAUUCCACAGGGCGGGCGCCACUACCGAGAAGGCCCCUCUGCCUGUUUCCCUGUAACCUCACUUCUCGCAGGGAGGGAACCGCCAGACAGCCCUCGGAGUGGGACCUCAGUGUCCAGGCUGAACAAUGGUGGUGGAGACGCUCCUUCAGGUAUACUGGGCUGAGGAAUUCUAGUGUUAUAUGGUACAGUAGGGGGAAAUCAACACACACACACACACCAACCAAGAGGCUUGAAUAGCAUUGCAAAACUUUUCCAUGCUGCCUGAAGCCAUGAACAGCAGUGUCCUUUUUAAGAGGUGGGGGGAAACCUCCAAUGACCUAUUUAUGUUUUAACAUUGUCCAUCUCUCUCUCUCUCUCAGGAGGCGAUGGCCUGUUGGACCCACUUUGCCAAGAAGCUAGACAUGCAGUGUUAAAUGCUUACUGA